AUGGUAUUCAAAGACCACGGAAAAGUUGACGAUGACAGGGUAGAUAAUAAAAAGCAUCGACCACGUCAAAGUGGACGUAAAUCUGAGAAGAAGGCUCCUCGCGAUGAAGAAUCAGCCAGAACAAAUAAUCCCAAGGCAUUUGCUGUUCAGCAUACAACUAAGGCAUCACGUCUAGUGCAAAGAACGCUUGAUCACCAGACUAAGCGACACCAUAUAUUACACUCCAGAUAUGUGUCUCAAGUACCCGCACCGUACGUAGUUGCAGUGGUUGGACCACCGAAAUCUGGUAAAAGCACACUUCUACGUGGCUUGUUAAAACACUUCGCUCAUUUGUCGCUUGGUGUUCUAAAAGGCCCAGUGACAGUAGUUGUCGGUAAGAAAGAAAGAUUCACUUUCAUCGAAUGUGGAUGUGAUAUCAACAGUAUGUUAGAUGCCGCUAAAAUCGCUGAUGUAGUUCUGCUGCUUGUAAAUGUUCGUGCUGGACUUGAAAUGUAUCACUUUGAAUUCAUAAAUAUGGUGCAAGCACACGGAAUGCCAAGAGUUAUUCCUGUUUUAAACCAUUUGGAUACUUUCAAAGAUUCUAGUUCUUCGCGUGCAUUGCGAAGGAAGAUAAAACAUCGUUUAUGGACAGAUCUAAACUCAAAGAUUUUUCUUCUGUCACGUUUUCAGCCAAAGAAAUAUGCUUCACACAGAGCUGAUGAACAAAAUUCCGACGAAACUCCAGGGGAUUAUUUGUUGAAUGAAGUCCGGCGUCUUGGUCGCUUAAUAAUGGUUAAAACUCCGAGACCAUCAGAUUGGCGUAGCUCUCACCCAUAUUUGUUGAUUGAUCGGAUAGAAGAUAUAACUGAUGAAAAAUUGCUAUCUGAUGAUGAAAACACUGAUCGUCGUAUUAGUUUAUAUGGAUGGGUACGUGGUGCUCCUUUGCCGCCUGCAUUAACAUCACCUGGAAUACAUAUAGCAGGACUUGGUGAUUUCGCUCUGGCUGAUUGUACUCAACAACCUGAUCCGUGUCCUCUACCGGGUCGAUCGAAUCAACCGAAUGCCGGUGAAGGGGUUAAAACAACAAAACAUUUGUCUGAACGUGAUAGAAAGAUUUACGCUCCAAUGUCUAGUCUUGGUGGUGUUUUAUUUGAUCGUGAUGCAACUUACAUUGAUCUUGGCGGUAGUCAUUAUCUGACUAAUCGUAAAUCUCGACAUGGAAAUAGCAGUAAUAACAAUAAUCAAUCGACAAGUGUCAGUCAGUCAAUGUUAGACGAAUUACGUGCGACAUUCGAUGAAAUCGGAGGUCUUGAUGAACAAUUGGAUAAAACGCAUAAAGUACGUAUGAUUAAUGAUGCACCAUUAUUGUCUGCCGAAAGUGAUGAUGAUGAUGAUGAUGAUGGAGUAUCGAAUGCCAGUUCUACAGAUGAAGACGACGACGAUGAUGAUGGUGAUGAUGAUGAUGAUGAUAGCGUUGAUGUAACCAUGGAAGAUGAAACCAAUAAACAGACCGAUAGAAUACGUGUAUUCUCUGAAGAACCGAUUGCAGGAUUUCUGGUACCGGCUGGUUUUCAGGAGAAGAAGGAGACUGAUAAAAAUCAACAAGAUCCAUCCGUAUUGAAAAGUGCACACAUGAAAGUGAAACAAAUACUAGACGAGAUUGAAUGGAAAUCGACAACAGCUUCUUUAGUCAAUUGGAACCGGCUGGUGUAUGGAAUGAAUAAUGAUGGCAAUGACAGUUUACCUAAACAGUCUAGUGAUUCAUUUGUCGGAGAUCAUGAUUUCACGCUUGGUUCAAUUCAUAAAUCGACUACUAUCACCUGGGAGGAUGUAUCAUCUCAUGAUUUAAUUUGUAAUCGUUUCACAACUGGUCAAUGGGCUGAACAUGAAGAUGCGAAUACACUGUUGGAGAAAGAUAUGAAAGCGCGUAAAGUCAUUGAAUUGGAUGAGGCCAGAAGACAUGCUACUGCCUCUCAAAGCAAGGUUGAGUAUACCGGUGGUGAUACAACAAAGUAUCUGUCUGAUUCAGAGGAUUACGAUGCUGGUGGGGUUGGUGGUGAGGAUGACAGUGAAACUUUCGAUGAUUAUGAUGAUGAAGGUGAAGAUGACGAUUCAGAUCAAGAUGAUGACGAAAAUAUUUUUCAUGAUUCAAAUUCUGAUGAUGAUGAGGGGAAUGUUGACGGGGGGAUAUGA